AUGUUUAAUACGUAAUUGCAAUUGAAGAGGGAACAAUUUGUUAUUCAGAUUAGAAAAUAGGCACGAGAAGAGAUCUUUUCAAGAAAGAGACACACAGAUUUGAAUAGUGAUUUAAAUGGAGUUUUGAAGUGUUAGCCAGAUGAAUUGAUUCUCUAAAUUUAUAAAAGUUUUAUGCUCAAAGACUUUUAAACUCUCAAGAAUUUACUUUAUAGGUACAAUGAGCAAUUCCUAAUAAUGAUCGUAAGAAAGUAAUAAGCUGAUGAAGUGUCAAUGAAUCAAUAUAUAAAUCAUUUUAGCAAUAAUUAAGAAACUACUCAACUAUUCAUGCAAAUAAUGCGUAUGUCUGAUGUUUCAUAGGAAAGCAAUAUAGAGGAGAUAAGGAUGCUAUGUAUAAAUCAAGUUCUUGUUAUAUUGGUCAAUAUUACCUAUGUGGAUGCGCCAUAAAUUAUUAAUAAUCUAUUGAACCAUGAUUUAUUAGACAUCCUUUUGAAUGAUAUAUUGGGUCGAAUGAAUACUAAGCAAAAGUUAGCAAUUAAUUAUGAUGUUUGGUAAUCGAUAAUUGAUAGUCUCUGUUAACUAUUUAUUAAUUUGUUGCUUGAUUUGAAAGAUUAAAGAGGAGUCUAAUUGAAAAUUGAAAUAAUGAAAUCCCCCUUCUUUAAAAUCUGGCAAUACAUCUAUAAAGAGUUCCCACCAUAACAACUUUGGAGUUCAAUGCUAUUCUUAUAACAAAUGCUAUUUUUGAAGCCAGUAAUUCCAGACACAGAAAUAGUAUCAUCGAAUUUGUAGAGAAUUCUUAAGUAGUGUGGUUAUGUAAUAAAGGAACUCUCGGAAUAAGAUCAAUUAUACGAAACUGCAUUGCUAUUAAUUAAUUACUGUUCUGAGUAUUAGCUUGAGACCACGAUAGUUUUAACUAAGCAUAUUUGGGUGAAAAUGAUAUUAAUCAAUAAAUUGCCUUUGCUGAUGUAUGGUUUAUUUAUCAACUUCACUUCUAUGAAUUACGACGAGGAUUCUCCAAUUUCUGAUUUUAGUGCAGAAAAGCAUUUGAUGGAUAUAGGUUUAUUGAAUAACAUGUUAUUUUGGUUAUAAAACACACCAGAAGAGCAAUUAAUAAUAAAGAUAUACAAAUGUUUGAAUAACAUUCUAACUUUUUAAUAUCAACAUCUGGCUAGUGUGGUAAUUUAUCAUUUCUUACCCUUUCUUGAUCUCUACUUUGAAGGGUCGAAUCAUUUCUCUGAAGAAAUGGUGGCUGAAUAUCUGAUCCUACUCAAAAACCUGAUUAAAUUUUAGAAAUUGAAUGAAGCAAAUCUAACUUAAGUGUUGGAGGAAUAAAAUGUUAUGAAGUAAAUAAGAGAAAUAUUACUAUAGGGUUGCUUUAAGGCAUGCUAUAUUUUGGAUUUGUUUGAUGCUUUUGAUCUUUUAUCAAUUGAGUUCAAAUACUUGGUGCUAGACAAAAUUGUCAAGUAUCAAGUGAUUGAGAUUCUCAAUAUGUUACUAGCCAAAGAUUAAAUCAGCGAUGAUUUUAUUGAUACUGUGAUGGAAUAGAUAGCUAAAUGGGAGUCAGAAACUAAUGAGUUAAAUUAUUCGUGA